AUUGCUUGUCCAUGGGGUUCUUGCUUGGGAUGAAGACAAGGCCAGCGGUGUGGAAGUGUGGAAAGCUCAACCUCAUCAUCUAUUUAUUCUUCCUAUCUGCAGCAGCAAGCUCAACCAAAUCUGAGAAGUAACUAGAGGUUCUUGCUUAUUCUUACUAUCAAAAUUUCUCUUUUAGAGGUUUGGGUGACACCAAAGUCUGAGUCAUGUGAUUCCUUAUGUUCACUAGAUGAAAGAGUUCGCGCGAUUUUGAAGCCGCCUACCAGCCCAAGACUGAUUUGCUGAGAGCUCUUCGAAUGGUUGCGGCAGCUACAACAGGGGCAAUGGCAAUUUACUAAUCAUGAAUUGCUGCAAUUCAGGAUGUUGCUAUAGCAUUGCUAUUCGGAAUAGUUUAUGCAGGCAUCAUUUUUGAAGAAUCUAUGGCCUUCAAUCAAAGUGGAGUAGGUUUGCCGAUGGCCGUGAGCUUCUGGGUUGUGUAUAGAAUCGAGGAUGUUGCGAUGGCAUUGCUAUUUGGAAUAGGUUAUGCAGGCAUCAUUUUUGAACAUUCUCUGGCCUUCAAUAAAAGUGGAAUAGGAUUACUGAUGGCCGUGAGCUUAUGGGUUGCGCGUAGCAUCGGGGCUCCUUCAACUGAGAUAGCCGUUUCAGAGCUAACACAUGCGACUGCACAAGUCAGCGAAAUAGUGUUUUUCUUGCUUGGCGCCAUGGCUAUUGUAGAGAUAGUUAAUGCUCAUCAAGGUUUUAAGUUAAUUACCGACAAUAUAACCACUCGAAAGCCAAGGACUCUCCUCUGGUUGGUUGGCUUUAUAACAUUUUUACUUAGUUCUGUUCUUGACAACCUGACGUCUACUGUUGUCAUGGUGUCAUUAUUGCGGAAACUAGUACCUCCAUCAGAAUUUCGCAAGUUUUUAGGAGCUGUUGUAGUGAUAGCGGCAAAUGCAGGUGGUGCAUGGACGCCUAUUGGUGAUGUUACCACUACUAUGCUGUGGAUACAUGGUCAACUAUCCACUUUACAGACAAUGAAGGACUUGUUUGUUCCUUCAGUCGUUUCUCUAGCUGUCCCUCUGGCACUUAUUUCCCUGACUAGUGACAUUAAUGGGAAGGAACAGGACUUUUCCAAUGUUUUGGCAUCUGAACAGAUGGCUCCUCGAGGACAGCUUGUUUUCUCAGUAGGUAUUGGAGCUUUGUUUUUUGUUCCAGUUUUCAAGGUCGUAACUGGUUUGCCUCCCUACAUGGGUAUGCUACUUGGACUUGGAGUUCUUUGGAUUCUGACUGAUGCUAUCCACAAUGGUGAAUCUGAAAGGCAAAAUUUAAAAGUACCAGAAGCUUUAUCACGGAUUGACUAUCAAGGAGCUCUUUUCAUACUUGGAACCCUUUUGUCCAUUAGCAGCCUUGAGGCUGCAGGGAUUCUUCGGGAAUUGGCAAAUUACCUUGAUGGUCAUAUUCCUAGUACUGAAGUGAUUGCUUGUGCAAUAGGAGUUGCAUCAGCAAUUAUAGACAAUGUUCCACUGGUUGCGGCAGCAAUGGGAAUGUAUGAUCUCUCCACUUUUCCCCAAGAUUCUGUGUUUUGGCAGUUGAUUGCGUAUUGUGCUGGCACUGGUGGAUCCAUGCUAGUUAUUGGCUCGUCAGCUGGAGUUGCAUUCAUGGGGAUGGAAAAGGUCGAUUUCUUUUGGUACCUGCGGAAGGUGAGCGCUUUUGCUUUUGCAGGCUAUGUUGCUGGAAUUGGUGCUUACCUAGCAAUACAUAACCUCCCAAUCUCCCUGUCCACGACUUCAGCAGCAGAGGUUCCAGCUUUCGCCAGGACGUUUCCUUGGCAUCAAGCAACGCAGUAACAAAAUAUGGCAGUGUGCAUUAAUCUAGUGAAUGGCAAAUAGAUCAUAGGUGAAGUUUGAUAAUAGGAUACUCAAAUGAUGAAAAGUUGAAAAAAGAAUCAUUUAGAUUGUAUAGAUCUUUCUUUCUUUUUAACCCCCCAAACCUUGGUUACAUCAACAUCAUAGUUACUAUACAAGACAAACCAGAUUGUUUAGAUCUCGUGCUCUCAAACAUUAACAUUCUGGUGACUUCAAUGAAAAAUGGGAGUCUUCGGUUAGGUUUGGAUAGUGAG